AUGCUGUUCACUGACGGUGUCACUGCGAGUGUGUCCGGCGCAUGGUUCUAUACAGCAAGAGGAAAGAACAGCAAUUCCAGUUCAUUUGGCAACUCGUCAUACAAAUGUCUACCUCUCGAAAAGUAUUAUAUCUUGCAUAAGUAUGCAAUGACCAUCCUGUUCCGUUUGCUCAUACCUUACAUUUCGUUAUUCGCCCUGAACGAGGUGAGCUCGAUAGUAACCACAAAAAUCACGCUUCUCCAUCCUUUCCAGUGCGAAUUGAGUGGCUAUCUGUUGCGCAAGUUCAAAAACAGCCCCGGCUGGCAAAAGCUCUGGGCCGUGUUCAGCAACCUGUGCUUCUAUUUCUCAAGAAGCUCGACUGACUCUUCGCAUCUGGCCAGUCUGCCAUUACUCGGUUACACAAUCACUCCGGUGACACUCGAUGAGGCAGAAUAUUUGGGCAGACGGGCCGGACAACAACAGCGAUUGACGGGAACUCAAGUGGAGACCGCAAGGACCGAGGUUGGCCAGUUCGGAGAUGAGGCAGUUGUGGCUGGUCAGGAGGCCGUUGAGUCGGUCCGAGAAAAAGAGGCGAUCGUCAGUGAUACUCUAGCCUCGGGCAUAGACGUCUCCAGGCCUGGGCUGUGGACUAAAGCCAAGUCGACCCAAAAGUUGGUACCGGCUGGAUCAGGGCAGUGUUCCAUCGCGCAUGAGCUGAAACCAGCCGGCAAUCGUUUAGCGACCGAUCUUAAGGCGACGGCGUGCUCACGACAGAAUGUGAUACGGGUAGCCUACAAAAGUCACGUCUACUACUUCCGGUCAGAAGGUCCGAUUACUCACGCAAGGUAA